GAUUUUCAAAUAUUUGAAAGAAUCCGAUCCGCCAGAAGCUUCAUGAUGGAUUCCGCAGCAGUCGAGUCUUUUACUACAACAGCUCUGACUCUUUUGAUAACCAACGCUAUGAAUUACACUGAAGCAAAUAUUUCAGCAAGGUCAACUUUUGAACCUGAAAUAGAAAAAUCCCCUUAUUCUAUCAUAGAAAUGAUCCUGAUUGCAAUCGUAGCUGGUUUUCUUAGCAUAAUCACAGUCAUUGGUAACAUCAUGGUCAUGAUAUCAUUUAAGAUGGAUAAGCAGCUUCAGACAAUCAGCAACUAUUUUCUCUUAAGUUUAGCGGUUGCGGACUUUUCCAUUGGCCUAAUCUCUAUGCCUUUAUUUACUAUGUAUUUACUAAUAGGGACUUGGCCACUUGGAGACUUCGUCUGUGAUUCUUGGUUAGCAUUUGAUUAUUUAAAUAGCAAUGCUUCGGUUCUAAACUUACUCAUAAUAAGUUUUGAUCGGUAUUUCUCAGUUACAAGACCCUUAACAUAUCGAGCGCUUCGAACAACAAGAAGAGCUGCGUUUAUGAUUGCCUCUGCAUGGGUAAUAUCAUUAAUGCUGUGGCCACCAUGGAUCUAUGCGUGGCCUUACAUAGAAGGGGCAAGAACUGUUAAGAAAAAUCACUGCUAUAUUCAGUUUUUGGAAACUAAUUCAUAUGUUACUUUUGGGACAGCAUUAGCAGCUUUUUAUGUUCCAGUAACUGUUAUGUGCUUUUUGUAUUGGAGAAUUUGGCGUGAAACAAAGCAAAGGCAGAAGGAUUUGAGUCAUUUGCAAGCUGGAAAAAAGGAAGACAGUCGAAAAUCAACAUCUAGUGAUGAUCCACCAGAGCAUGAAGAAGUAGUUCGGAAAACAGAAGAAAGUAAAAAGUUUCGUUCCGAUUCUUGCGUUCUAGAAGAAGAAACGGAAACAACUUAUGUUCCAACAUCACUUUGCGUAGAAACAUCUAAAUAUCUCCCAAAAAAUCCCGAAUCCAAGAGAUUGAAAAUAACAGAAAUCUUACGAGCUUGGUGCAGAAUGGAUCGUGAAGGUGAUCCUCAAGAAGAAGAAAGCACGAGUCAUGAAUCUCCAGCUACGACACCUGCUUCAUUAGAAACACCCAUACAACCCUGCUCUAGAACAGCUUCGAUGAGUCUUAGAAUUGAUCAUCGCAUGCCAUUACAAACACAAAAUUUACCUUCAACCUCUUCUCAAAAGACGAAUGAUCAGGCCAUACCUAUGACUGAAAGAAAUGGACAAAGAAGAUUUGAGCCAGUUAUACCUGAAUGGAAACGGCAAGUUACAAGUAUGAUUCCUAGACCAGCAACCAUUCCUGUAGCUCCACCUUCUGUUCCUACAGCUAUCCAAAGCACUAAUAUUGCAGCUAUGCGUCCUCGACAACCUGCAAUAGCAACAGUUUCUUCUCCUCAAACACCCGUAUAUUCCCCUGAUUCAGUUUAUACUAUUUUGAUUCGUUUACCCCAAAAGUCUGCGUCUGUUGAAGGUGAGACACAACCCUCCAUCAAGAUGAUAAUGGAUGAUGAAGAAAAUGCUGAUGCGAUUGAAGUUCUACCAGAUGAUCCAAAUGCAAAAAAUGCUUUAGAAAAAGGAACGGCCAGUAGCUUAGUUAGAGCUGCCGAUACUGCAGUGGAUGCUAUUCGACUACCAUUGAAUACGAAGCUUGUUCAUAAGCAAGUUGCUAAGCAUAGAGCUCCUAAGAAAAAGAGAAAGCAGCAAGAACGAAAACAAGAGAUGAAAGCAGCCAAAACUCUGAGCGCUAUUUUGUUUGCAUUUACGGUGACUUGGACACCAUAUAAUGUUUUAGUUCUUUAUAAGACCCUCUCGAAUUGUGAAGAUGAUGACUGCAUCAGUCCAGGAUUGUGGUAUUUUGCAUAUUACCUUUGCUAUAUUAACAGCACAGUGAAUCCCUUUUGCUACGCACUCUGUAAUGCAAAUUUUAGACGAACAUACACCAGAAUUUUGUCUUGUAAGUGGCACAAUAAGAAGCGGACUCUUGACAGUCGUGGAUAUUUUACUUAAAACAGCGUUUUUACACGUCUUUAUAUGCUUGUUGUAUGGUGAUUGUUUAUUGUUGUAAAUGAAUUUUUAACAUAAGUGAAAAAUAAGAUCUAUAUGUAUUCAUAUAUUCUUCAACAAACAUUUGUAGUUUUCUACAAAUGACAUGUAUAUACACUGUUCUUUUG